AUGACGGAAUCCAACCAAGGUCGCGCCGACGCAUGCAUGUCACACGAGGCACACGAGGACCGCAUGGAAUUCUCGGUCUCACAAAGUCGUGCGAUGCGUUUGCAGGCUUUGAUUCCGAGUUUACACAUGAGCUCGGAGUUUUGGAAUGAGCCAGGCCACGGAGUCAUCAUUCCUGGGCGCUUUGCAUACUCGGUUUCACUCAUGCGGAUAGGGAGUCGUACGGGCUUUUACUACUUUACAUCAGGCAGGCUACCGCCACCAUCACGGGCGGUUCCCAGCAGGGUACAGAAAGGGGGGAUGCAGAACGCAGACGGCUACUGA